CGUCAACAUAAGUUAAUUUUGAAUAUUUUAUACAUAUAUAUAGAUCUUGUAGGUGGAAUGCCAAAGAUGUAUUAAGAAUAUAACCUAAAGUACGUUUAUUUUCCAUUCACAAAUUACAAAGAAAAGAUUUAAACGAGUGGUUAAUUCAAAAGCGCACACACGCACAUAUUCACUGUUAUUGCGCAUCUUUCGUUCUCCCUCAAAGAUUAAAUCAAUUUUAGUAAACAACUGUUCAGCGGAAGUUAAUGGUCCUGAGUUAAUUAUCAGUUCUUGUCCAUGAACCAAACCUCAAUAAUGUAUCUAACCCUAAAUCCAAAUCACAAUGGCACAUUCUCUCAAACCAUCGUUGUCUUUCCCGUGAAAAAAACCUGUGAAACGUAACUCCUAACCGUAAAUAUCGUUUUCAAUAUCUUUUUUUUUGCAAACUAAGAUGAUGCGGCUCUUGAUCGCCUCUCUUGCUAUCAUCGUUACUUUAGCUCAUGCAAAAACCGAGAAACAAGAAGUCUCUGCGUUGAAUGUGAUGUUCACGAGCUUAAAUUCACCGCCCAAACUCAAAGGCUGGAAAUCUAGCGGAGGUGAUCCCUGUGACGGCUCUUGGGAAGGCGUUAAAUGCAAAGGCUCAUCGGUCACUGAAUUACAGUUGUCAGGGUAUGAGUUAAGUGGAUCGCUAGGUUAUCUACUAAGCAACCUCAAAUCUCUCACAACUUUUGAUCUCAGCAAAAACAAUCUCAAAGGAAACAUACCUUACCAACUCCCACCCAACAUUGCCAAUCUAGACUUUUCUGAGAACGAACUCGAUGGAAACGUACCCUACUCGUUAUCUCAAAUGAAUAAACUCAAAAGCAUUAAUCUUGGACAGAACAAACUCGAUGGAGAACUUUCAGAUAUGUUUCAGAAACUCUCCAAACUCGAAACUGUGGACUUCUCGUUAAAUAAACUCUCUGGGAAAUUACCUCAGAGUUUUGCUAAUCUCACAAGCCUCAAGAAACUACAUUUGCAGGAGAAUCGAUUCAAAGGAGACAUAAACGUACUCAGGAACCUUCCCAUUGAUGACUUGAACAUAGAAGACAACCAGUUCGAAGGAUGGAUACCUAACGAACUCAAGGAAAUAGACAGCUUACUGACUGGAGGAGGCAACGACUGGUCAACAGAAACUGCUCCGCCGCCACCACCAGGUGUUAAAUACGGUCGAAAAUCCGGAGGAUCUAAUCAGGGAGGAGGUAUGAGUAUCGGCACCGGACUGAUGAUAGCCGGAGCAAGCUUAGGAGUUCUUGUCUUAAUCAUAGUUCUGAUCGGUCUUGUCUCCAAGAAAAAAUCAUCUCCCAAUCCUCACUUCAUCGAUGAAGACAACAGCCAACACACGCCAAGGCUCAGAUCUAUGAGAUCUCAUGGAUCUUCACAAGAGCUUCGUAUCGACUUCGGCAACGAUUACAAAGGUAGAAAAUCGUUAGAUUCAGAUGAUGAUAAUGCGCAAGGUGUUGGAUCAAAGGGACUAAAGCAUUCGGUUUCAUCGCGUGUGAUGUCUUUUAACGAUACCGAGUUCGCGAACAAGCUCAACGCGAAACGAACCACUUCGACUCGUGCUGCUACAGAGUUCGAGCUAUCUGAUCUGCAAACCGCAACAGCUAAUUUCGCACCUGGUAAUCUACUUGGAGAAGGCUCAAUAGGACGUGUUUACAGAGCGAAAUACCCUGAUGGACGUACUUUGGCGGUUAAGAAGAUAGAUUCAACAUUAUUUGAUUCGGGUAAAUCAGAAGGGUUAACGGCUAUAGUGAUGAGCGUCUCGAAGAUUCGGCACCAGAACAUAGCAGAGCUCGUAGGUUACUGCUCGGAGCAAGGUCACAACAUGUUGGUCUACGAGUGUUUCAGGAACGGUUCGCUCCACGAGUUCCUUCAUUUGUCAGAUUGUUUCAGUAAACCUUUGACUUGGAACACAAGAGUCAGAAUCGCCUUGGGAACCGCUCGAGCCGUUGAAUAUCUACACGAGGCAUGUUCACCGUCUGUGAUGCAUAAGAACAUAAAGUCUUCUAACAUUUUGCUAGACGCGGAUCUUAACCCUCGUCUCUCAGAUUACGGCCUCUCAAAAUUCUACACUAGAACGAGUCAAAACCUUGGAGAAGGAUACAAUGCACCAGAGGCCAAGAACCCUGAUGCCUACACGCCAAAGAGUGACGUCUACAGCUUUGGAGUCGUCAUGUUAGAGCUUCUCACUGGUCGAGUUCCAUUUGACGGAGAGAAGCCAAGGCCGGAGAGAUCGGUGGUGCGGUGGGCGACACCGCAGCUUCACGACAUAGAUGCAUUAUCGAAUAUAGCAGAUCCAGCAUUGCACGGACUUUACCCACCAAAGUCAUUGUCAAGAUUCGCUGACAUUAUCGCAUUAUGCGUACAAGUGGAACCGGAGUUCCGACCACCGAUGUCGGAAGUGGUGCAGGCGCUUGUAAGGAUGGUUCAAAGGUCAAGUAUGAAGCUUAAAGAUGAUCUUAGAGCACACGACGAGUAUGAUUUCUAGUGUUAAAUAAUAAUAAAAAAGUAGCCGAAGACGCAGGAGAUAUAAUAUUAUUUUGCUGAAUAAAACAUACAUCUGAAUAAGUAGCUGUAAGACACAGGAGAUUCAUUUAACAUGUAGACAUUGUUUUGUUCUUUUUGUCUAUAAAAUGUAAACACUUAUUAA